AUGGCAUACGAGGGAGGUAUCACCUUUAUGGAUGUGCCAUUUGAUGGUGUGAAGUGGGACGAGCCGGACGGCUCGCAGAUACAGUCGCCGUGGAGUUUCAGUGGCACAUCGAGCUCAUCAUGGCACACGGGAGAUUCCAAAUUCAGCAUCCUGACAGGCAUAGCUAGAGAGAUGAACCUGGAAUUACCGUGUCCGCACAUUAUUUUCGACAAAUUGGCUCCACCCGGAGAUCGAGCUCUGAGGUGUGUUGUGAUCGGAAGCCAGAAGCCAGAAGUUGCACCGAAUAUAGCUGCCCGGAAGUACUACGUUCUUGUUAUAACAAAGAGAUCGGAUGUUUCAGAUGAUAUGCCAUAUGAAAGAGUUGGGGUUGGAACACUGCUUGGUAGUUGGAUCGCAUUGGAGGGGCCGGGUUCAAAGGUGCUGAUACAUUAG